CGAACCGACAACGGUGACCGUCUCCUACAGUUCUGCUCUGAUAAUCAUUUGUUUCUUGUAAGCACUAACUUUAAACACAAGGAGAGACACUGUUUGACUUGGAGACCCCCUUCAUCAAACCAACGCUGGACACAAAUAGACCACAUAGCAAUAAGCUAUCGUUGGCGUGGGUCGGUAGGAGAUUGUCGCUCCUUCUGGAACACGUGCGUAGAUACCGACCAUGCACUGGUCCGCGCUCGGGUGUGCUUACGACUGAACGGACGUAGGAAACAGCUGGCGGUAAAACCAUCACGUCCCCAGCUCGAUCAGGAAACUAAAUCCGUAUUUGAGGAAGAACUAGCUAAACACAUAUCUGUGUUCGACAGCUGUGCUCACCCUGAAGAAGCUUGGAAAAAUAUCCAGGCAGCCAUAGAUACAGCUGUAAAAGCUGUGAAUAAGGUAAACCCAAAGGUGAGUAAAAACCACUGGAUCUCCACCGCCUCAUCCGAACUGAUAGAUGCUAGAAGACUUAUUCCGGCGAGCUCCGAAUUCAAUGAGGAGCGAAAGCUGCACAAGAGGAAACUUACGAAAAGUCUCCGCAAGGACCGUGAACAGUGGUGGGCGACAAAAGCCAAAGAGAUGGAGAAAGCUUCGAGGAUAGGCAACACCAGGCAACUCUUUAGACUCAUCAGGGAAACGGGUGGGAGAAGACAAAUCAUCAGUGAGACAAUCUCGGAAAAAAAUGGCACUAUAAUUAGCUCCCAGGAUAGACGACUGGAUCGUUGGAAAGAGCAUUAUGAGGAGCAGUUUAAUUUGCCCACAGCCACGCUCAACCUUCCGAGCAUCCAACACCUCCCUGAAUGGGAUAUAGACACAGGUCCUCCGUCACUAACUGAGGUUACUAAAGCUGUCACCAAUCUGAAACUAGGCAAAGCAGCGGGACCUGAUGGAAUGACUCCAGAGGUAUUUAAGUACGGUGGAGACAGCUUACUGUCCGGAUUAACUGAGGUACUAGGCAGCGUCUGGGAAUCAGAAGAAGUCCCAUCGGGUUGGUGUAAGUCACUGAUUAUCCCCAUAUACAAGAAGGGAGACAAGUCUUCCUGUGAUAAUCACAGAGGGAUUAGCUUGACUAAUAUAGUAUCUAAAGUCUUAGGCUCAAUAAUCAUGCGUAGACUGAGUGGUGCUCGGGAAGCACAAACACGAGAGAGCCAGGCAGGCUUUAGACCAGGAAGAGGGUGUAUUGAUCAUAUCUUCACCCUCCGACAGAUUCUAGAACAUAGGCAUUCCUACCGGCGUCCAACAGUCAUUAUAUUUCUUGACCUAAAGGCAGCAUUCGACUCUGUCGAUCGAGAAGUUCUCUGGAGAUGCUUGGCUGUAAAGGGAAUUCCGAGAAAAUAUAUUGCACUGAUUAAGGCACUCUACUCGUACUCAUACAGCCAGGUGAGGGCUUACGGCGAGCUGUCAUCUGAACUGAUGACGACCAGUGGUGUCCGUCAAGGAUGCCCAUUAUCUCCUUUUCUAUUCAACUUCAUCAUAGAUGUGUUAAUGGACUUAACCCUAGGUGACUUCAGCGACUCAGGGAUUGACUUGCUACCGGGGAAUAAUCUCGUUGACUUGGAAUAUGCAGACGAUAUAGUCCUUCUAGGCGAAGACGCUGACGAAAUGCAGAGUCUUCUAAACACCUUGAGCCGCAAUCUACGAAUGUUUGGCAUGCGAUUCGCUCCCGCCAAAUGCAAGAUGAUGUUACAGGACUGGACUACAUCGACGCCUAGUUUAAAAAUAGGAAGUGAAGUGGUAGAGCACGUUGACCGCUUCACUUAUUUGGGAAGUACCAUCAGCCCCAACGGGCUGAUCUCUGACGAAAUCUCAGCACGAAUACAAGGGGCUCGUUUCGCAUUUGUUAGUUUACGCCGACUCUGGCGUAGACGAGAUGUUCGACUAUCGACCAAAGGGCGGGUGUACUGCUCAUCAGUCCGCUCCGUCCUCCUUUAUGGUUGUGAGACCUGGCCACUGAGAGUGGAAGACAUGAAAAGACUAGCUGUCUUUGAUCAUAGGUGCCUGCGUUCUAUUUCCCGUGUAAAGUGGCAUAAUAAGGUGAGCAACAUUGAGGUUAGGCGUAGAGUUCUAGGUAAACAGGGGAAAUCAAUCGACGAAGUCGUGAAGCUACAAAGACUGAGAUGGUUAGGACAUGUGUUACGUAUGCCAAGUCAUCGCCUCCCUCGACGAGCUAUGUUAGCGGAUAUAGGGUCAGGCUGGAAAAAAGCUAGCGGCGGUCAAACAAAAACUUGGCAUCAGUCAAUGAAAUCCACAACAGUUGGUCUAAGCCACGUAGGAAGGUGUAGACUUCCAGGCUGGGGUCCUCGGGACGGUAAAAAUCUAUGGUUGGAAACAAUUGGUGACAUGGCUCAAAAUCGUUCUCAGUGGCGCAGAUGCAUCCACUCCUUGUGACUUAUGAUCUCCAAUGAAACUGUUUUGUUCUU